ACAAAGCUGAAUAGACUCAGAAAAAACCCAAAAUCCCUAAACACCACAAAUUAAACCCCCAAAACAAAAGGCCAAGAUGACUGGUUCUGGUUCUCCUUGUGGAGCCUGCAAGUUCUUGAGAAGGAAAUGUGUGAGAGGUUGUGUUUUUGCACCUUACUUUUGUCAUGAACAGGGUUCCACUCAUUUUGCAGCCAUUCAUAAGGUCUUUGGUGCAAGCAAUGUCUCAAAGCACCUUGCUCACCUCCCUGUGAGUGACCGUUGUGAAGCUGCAGUCACAAUCUCUUAUGAAGCUCAAGCUAGACUUCAGGAUCCAAUUUAUGGCUGUGUUGCUCAUAUUUUUGCACUCCAACAACAGGUGGUGAGUUUACAAGCACAGCUAGUUUAUCUCAGGGAACAAGCAAGUCAGAUCUAUCUCAAUGGCUCUGCCACUGAAAACCCUAAUGAGAAAUACCUUGGAAAACCUACUACUUUCCCUCAAGAUCUACAAAGUUGGUUCCAGAUGGAAAAUUCCAACUUGGCUUCACAAUUUCUCCCUAACUUGUCCACCAAUCCUUCAACACAGUAUUAUGGGAAUACUAAUACUCUCGUGGAACCAAACCCUAUUGGAAAUUAUGAAAAUUCAGGAACCGUAGAAGAAAGUAUCUCAUUUUCUAGCUUUAAAGAGAGUUGUAACUCUAUGUCCUAUGACAUGCAAAGGCAGUGAGGCCUUUCAUGAAGUGGAUAACCUCCAGUAAGUGGCUUUUGGUUACAAUCAAACUAGCUUCUUGAAAGAUCUGAGUGUGCGUGAAAGAAUUGGUGAAGACAACUUUAUCAAAUUUGAAUUGCUGCUAUAUGUUGUGAACCAUGCACUAAUUUGUUGUCAUAAAUAACCUUAGGAAGCCUAGAAAUGUUCAUAUAUAUAAUUGGAAUGGAAAUCCAUAUCCUACUAUAUUGUUUUGUUUAGUCUAGUAGUGGAGUAUUGGUAUUUUUUAGAAUAAUAGUGUAAUUCUUAGUGAUGUAACUUUGGUUUUUGUAUGAGCUAAAUUGGGCUUGUUUAUGGACCUAUUGAAGAUCCUAAAUUUUGACCUAAAAGAUAU